UUCCUUCCUUCCUCCUCCUCUUAUUCUCUGCUAAUUCAUUUUGCUUUUUCUGUUUUCAUUAUUUUUAUUAUUAUUAUUAUUUUUUUGCAUAAUCAUUGGUUUUUCUCAAAUGGGUUUGUUUGUGGAUGAUCUUUCCUUAAGCGAGAUUGUAACACACAUGCUGUACAAAACAGCUCUUGCAAUUGCAAUCAUGAGAUGGGUUGUGUCAUGGGUACUCAGACUUAGAAAUAGAAACAACAAUAGUACUACUUCAAAUCUCUUGGAAUCUGAAAACCUUCCUUUCCCUUCUUCUCCUUCUUCUUCUCCUUCAACACAAUUGAUAAGAGACAGUUUAGUCCUAACAACUUUCGGAGACAUCACGGAGAGAUUGCGAAACGACAACGACACAUGCGCUGUGUGCUUGAACAGAUUGAGGACAAACGACGAGGUUAGAGAACUGAGGAACUGCUGCCAUGUCUUCCACAGAGAAUGCCUUGACAGAUGGCUUGACCAUGACCAUCACAAGACUUGCCCGCUUUGCAGGGCGCCUUUUCUGACCCCUUCACAGUCCCAAAGCCUGAGCUUGGCCGCUGCCAGAUCGCAGCCCAGCUGGGCUGUUGAGAGGCUUCUCUACCUCUUUGGAGAUGAUCUGUUGUUAUGACUUGAUCAUUUCAUCAAUCUUACUUAGUUUUUUAGUGUCGUUUUUUUUUUUUAAUGUAAAUCUGUGAAUAUAUAAAUAAUAUAUAUUUUGAUUGGUGAAUCGAUUGGUAUGCUGUUUCUCUGGUCCAUAUUGUAUAGAAUACGAAGAAGAGUGUACUGGAAUUGUGUUAUAGUUUAAUUGUGCGUGUAUACUUGGUCCUAGCUUCUGCUUUGUUUCUUUUUUGUAUUCUUUUCCCCACUCUUAGAUCAAAAGAUUUAAAGGGUUAUUAUUUGUC